AACGCAGCACCGUGUCACGUGACAGCCUCAGCCAUGGCGUCCUCCAGGACGUCUGUGUUGUGCUCCUGGUUCUCCGGGUUCUCCGGGUUCUCCUGGUGCCCCUGGUUCUCCAGGUUCUCCAGGUUCUCCGGGUUCUCCUGGUUCUGGCCCCUGCUCGUCCUCUCGGUGUGUGUCCACUUCGAUCAGGCGCUGACCGAGGAGGCGCGGAGCUGCGAGGAGCUGCGGCUCGGACAGUAUUUGUGUAACGGACCAAAGAUCGAUGAAGCCACUCAGGAGCCGGAGAACUGCCUGGACGCCACGGCGUGGGUGGAGUGUCUCCCUGCUCCAAACAUCAGCUGCCGACUCUCCAAUGGGACGGAGGUCCGGUUCAGUGGGAAGGAAGUGGGCUUCAACAAGACCAUCUCCUGCAGGAAUGUGAGCGGUUAUUCCUACAAAGUGGCCGUGGCUCUGUCUCUGUUCCUGGGCUGGAUCGGAGCGGACCGCUUCUACCUGGGCUACCCAGCUCUAGGUCUCUUGAAGUUCUGUACCGUUGGUUUCUGUGGAAUUGGAACAUUGAUCGACUUCAUACUGAUCGCCAUGCAGAUUGUGGGUCCAGCAGACGGAUCCAGCUACAUUGUGGAUUAUUACGGCGCCCGGCUGACCCGCCUCUCCAUCAGCAACCAGACGUACAGGAAGCCUCACCUGUCACUGUAAACAAUCACAACUUCAUUCUGCUUGUUAAUAUUUAUAUUGUUUUGUUGUCUUUCUGUUUCAAGUUUAUAUUUUAUCGGAACUAUUCAGUGACUUUUGCUGUAACAUGUACUUUCACUGCUGUUCUGUUAUUUAAGUUAAUUUUUUCCAUGAAACUUGAUUUUGUAAAUAAAGUUUUUGUGUUGAUCUACA